AUGCAACCAUUGACUUUGACGCUGUACGAUAAAAAUGUCCGUCAUAUGCUGAAUGAUGGUAACCAGUCAAGCAGUUAUCGAACUCCGGAUGGAGAGUCUAAUGCUAUAUUUCCUACAAAUUUCCAUUAUAUCUUCGAAGAUGAUGAAGACGAUCAAGAAGAGCUCGAUACUGAUGAAUCUAUUGAAAAUAUAGUAAUCCUUCACCUCGAAGAAAAUGGUGCUUUAGUCCAUGCAGAACUUAUAAGUGAUCAUCUGGAAUUGUUGUCCUAUAACAAAACAAUUUCAAGUUCCGGCAAUGACGAUAAUCAAAACCAGGAUUUCGAACUGGAAAUAGUUUCUCAAUUCAGUGAUCUUUCCCCUCUAGUACAUGAUCUGCCGUUAGCCGAACUGAUAAGGUUAUACACCAUACAAAAUGAACAACUACAAAUCAUCUCUGAUUCCAUGUAA